CAGAGUUUGUCCUCACAAACUAGCCGCUGUCAGUACUUAUGAUAUAGCUGUAAAGUCGGUGACCCAGCUACAAAGGGGAAAAGAGUUUUGUUAGCUAACUUAGCUGCUAGCAUGCUGAUAGUCUUAAGCUAGUUUUAGCUAACUGGCGAGUAAGUUGAGUAGUUUGGUAGUUUUUAGUUUUUGUUGUUGUUGUUUUGUAGUUAGGGGGCAAGGAAAACAAAAACGAGGAUGAGCAGGGUGGGGCAGCAGGCGUUGUUCUUCCUCAGUCUGCCGGAGCUGAACAGGCUGAGCUGCAUCACUCUGUCCCUGCUGGAGGAGGAAGAGGAGAGCAGGAGCAGGCAGAUGAAGAUCUGCAGAGAGCUGGUGCUGCUGUACUCUGACAUCCUGGCCUCUCCUGCUCUGGACUCCUUCACUGAAAUCACAGCAGUCAUGGCUACGCCGUUUCUCAAGAGAGGCAUCGUCCAGGCUUUCGGGCAGAGACACGGCCUGCAGCUGGGUCCUCCUCGGUGUGUGUUGCCAGGUAUUCUCCAGAGCUGUGUGUCCUACUCUCUGACCACCAGACUGGCUCCCAGCUGGAACAAGGCCGGACUGUACCUCGUCUCUGGUAAAGACUUUCUGACUGAGAGCGGGAGGCUCAACGCCGUCAGCAUGGAGCUGAGCACCAGUGAGAACCAGUUAUGCAUCAGCGUUGAAGCCAGCACUGUCAGACUGCCUCCACCUACGCUGGAGGACUUUGAGCUGCCUCCGUUGGUGUUGAGGAACUUCUGCAGCCAGCCUGACUCCGUCCUGCACACCUUCUCUGCUGGAGGAACCAUCUGGUGCCACGUCCUGCCCAGCAUGAAGAAAGGUCAGAUUAUCUCCAUCAGCCGUCAGCUGCCCAAAGACGGCCCCUUCAGGAGCUACACUGAUCUGCAGAGCCACUGGAGCCGCCUGUAUGGUUACAGACUCCCUGACCUAGCAGAGGAGGAGGCGGUGUACUGCAGUGUCUACUUCAAACUAGUGGGAGAGAGACUCUUCACUUACCCUCUGAGCUGCAUCAGGCUGCAGCCGGUGCAGCGCGGUCCCAGGGUCGACCUGCAGGGGGCGCUCGGCUCCUUCGUGUCCGACGUCAGGGAGCGGCUGCACGGUGUGUGUGGCUUCCCCGCUCGCCUGACCAGCAAACCCUGUUACUACACAGCCGGGCUGAGCAGCGCCGCAUCAGCACAGGUGCUGAGCGGUGAGCCGGUCAACCUGAGUGAGUCGUCGUCCGUCCGGCCGAUCCUCACCCAGCUCCCUGCUCCUGUCGCCCGACCGACGAGGCCCUCGUUCGGGUCGCAGCCGCUGGCCUGGCCCCCCCUGUCCCAGCCGGCUGGAGCUCAGAGCCGCGGAGGAGGACGGGACAGUUUGGGAGGAGCAGGGUGGACGCAGGGUUGUGGAUACGGAAGCAGUCAGGAAUGUCGCAGAGAGGAAGAGCGGCCUUCGUCUUUCUCCUCAGGCGUUGUCUCAUCUUCCCUCUCUUCCUCACCUCCUUUCGCCCGCUCCUCGGGUUACCAGGCGGCUACAACCCUUCCCUCCUUCUCCUCCUCGUCUUUUUCCACUUCCUUCACAGGCUUCCAGACAGCGGCGUCCCUCACCUCAUCCUCAUCCUUCUCCUCCACCUCCUCUGCCUUCUCCUCUCUUCCUCCCCCGAGUCAAACCCCGGCGAUCCCUGCUCCCAAACUGGUUCCCAUCUUCAAGAACAAACAUCCGUCGCGUCACGUGAACAUCGCCCUGCUUAGAGCCCAGAGGCGGAGGGAGCAGCUCGGUGGAGUGGAGGAAAAAGGGAGAGUUACUCUACCUUCUCCUUCUCCUUUUGCUCCGUCCGGUCUGCCCUCCUCCUCCUCCUCUUCCUCCAUGUGGCCACCGGGACCUAAGAUUCCUCCACUUCCCAUCGUCCCUCGUUUUGCCGCCCGCCGCCCUGGAUUCUGCGGGGUUGCCGCUGUUCGUCCGAAGGCCAACCACAUCUCCAGCCUCAGCCCCGAUUCCAGGCCUCGUAAACCCGGCCUGAGCCUCAGUCCAAAGCCCAGCCUGGACUUCAAAUCAAAGUCCAGCUCUAAUCCCAACACCAGCUCCAGACCGAGUGCUGUUGCUAAAGAACCAGAGAAGAAGAGGAAGCAGGAACCAUCAGACCCUCCACCUCAGCCUCCUCAACCUCUGGCACCUUCUGACCUCCGCAGCAACACAGAGGGAGAGGUGUUCAAGCUGAAGCCGAAGAAACCCAGGUCUGCGGUCCAGGACGUGGACGUGGAGAAAAUGGCCAGGAGCAACCAGCUGUCCAAGGUGAACUCUGCGACCCUAUUGGCCUGGCUGAAAGGAAGGGGCGUGGCCGUGCGUGCCAAAGACAGGAAGGAAGAGCUCAUGCUGAAGGUCAUGGGCUGCCUGGCCGAGGCCUGAGACACACACACACACACACACACACACACACACACACACAGAGCUAUAUCUAGUAUUAACGCUGCCCUAUAGGCUUUCUGUUGAAGUGUUUUAUGUUAAAAAAAAAAAAAAAUCCACCUGUUUAU